GGACGUAGUUACACGAAAAGGAUCCAAUCCACAACAUUGUCAAAAAUGACUUAAGUAUACCAAAGUAAUGCUAAAUAUCGAUAUUAUCGGUCAGUAAAAAAGACCCACGUCAAAACAGCUGUUUUCCUUUGAAUUUAAACAUCGGAACCAACCCACAUCUAUAGCCGCUUAUAUAUAUUUUUUCACUUAAAACAAUCCAACUGUCGUGGUUCUUACCCUGUGUUAGAAACUAAAUCAGUAAAUCGAUCCAAAUAGAUUGGAUCCUUUUUGCGAAAUUUGAAUACCAACUUCAACCACACGUCAAUAAAAACGCAAAAACGAUCCACUCUGCUUGGAUUUAUUUGCUGAAUUGCUUAUUUUAUAAUCAAAUUAAUAAAACGAUCCAGAAAGCUUGGAUUUUUUUCAAGAAAUGCAUUUUUACGUUUUCUUCUAAUAAAUCUGUUAACGAAAACGAUCCAUAAUAGUUCUUGGUGCUUACUUACUGAUUAUAUUUAAAAAAAAACAGUAUAAAAAUAUUGUUUCACAAAAACAACCCAAGCCCAAUCUAAUCAUACUUAUUUAUGUAUAAAUUAUAAAUUAGGUAUGAUUAGAUUAUACACCUAUAUAAAAUUUUCGUAGCCUGGCCGGUUAAAAAAAAUACAAAUCAGUGCUGCCAACUGAUUAAUCUGUCAGUACUUAGUUCAGUCAGUUAAUUCUUCAAAUUACAAGACUAGAUGUGCGCGCUUAUUCGUGAAUUUGAUUAGUGGCUCCAAAAAUGAAGAGGAUAGAUAGAAUUAUGUGUAAUGUGAUAAAAGAUUGUUCAAACAGUGAACAAGAUCUCGAACCAGGUAAGUUGCUUGUUGAUUUAACUAUAUUUUUAAAUAACCUAAAAAUUUUGGUAUUUUUAUUACAUGAAAAGAUUAUUUCGCGUUUGGGUUCUUUUGUUUUUGAUUUGAUUUGCUUGUUUCUGCACAGCGCGUGCGCAUGCAUUUUAGUUAUGAUGUAAUGGAAUGAGUUUUCUUUUAAUAAGAUUUAUAAUAAAACCAUUUCUUUUGUGGCAAAGGCAAACUUAAACUGUAUAAUCAUUGAUCAGCUGACCGGCUUGGGGCUUAAAGGUGUAUUUAUAUCUUUUAGAUGACUUGAUUUCUCCGGAAGCUCCCAUAUAUUCUCCGUUGACACCACUGAGAACGACAAAAAAUGAGACUGAUAUUUUGGAUAAGGAUAACGAGCCUCAGAUGUCACCUGUACCUUAUAUGUCUCCAAGUACAUUAGAUUUGUACCAAACUUUGAGCGGCAUUCAUACUCCGAUUCAAGAAUAUCCUAAAGACUUAAACGAGGUAGAUUUAGAAGAAGAAAAUGUUUUAAACAGACAUUUUUCCACUCCAAAGAAUAACACAGAUAAUAUUAGUGAUUUCAGUGCUGAUACCGACACAGAUUAUGUCCCAGAUAGUAACUCAGACUCAUCUGAUGAUGAUACUACAGUGACAUCUAGAAAAAUCAAUAUUGUGGCUAUAGUUCACAGUAAUGAUACUCCACGUAAAGGUCAUUUGAUUACACGUUUACAAGAUACAAAUGUGUCACAUGUACAUGAAGGAACAACUGUAAGAGGGAACAGUGAAACUAUAGAAUCAUUAGAAACUAUAUAUUCCAUACAAUCUGAUAAUGGUAACAAUGUAGAAAAUUUCCAGAAUUAUUCCAACCCAGGACAGAGUCCAACAUCAGACAGUUUGAUUCCAUUGCAUACGGAUUUUACACACAUAACUGAUAGUUUACAAAAUGAAGCUGUUGAGCCUAAUACUGAAGAAAAUUUCGUUGAAGAUUCUAAUACGGAUCAGAUUUUGUCAUCAGUUGGACGUCCAAAAAAGG